ACUGUUCACUUAACGCAAAAAAGACACAUCCAAGUAAGGGGCUGUUUGUUUCAGCCUCUUAAUGGUUCAGAUGUCUGAAUGGUUAAGAGAUUUGCCUCUGAAUGGUUAAGUAUUAUACAGAGUCUGAAUGGUUAAGACCUCUUAUCUGAAUUGAUCAGACAUUUGCCUCUGAAUAGUUAAGCAAUAUACUAGCUCUUAAUGGUUCAGACCUCUUACUGGUUCAGCACUUAAUGGUUCAGACCUCUUAUUGGUUCAACACUUACUUAUCCAGAAGUUGCCAAACAGCCCCUAACACUAAUGAUCACUACNUGUCUUCAUUUUAACUGUUCACUUAACGCAAAAAAGACACAUCCAAGUAAGGGGCUGUUUGUUUCAGCCUCUUAAUGGUUCAGAUGUCUGAAUGGUUAAGAGAUUUGCCUCUGAAUGGUUAAGUAUUAUACAGAGUCUGAAUGGUUAAGACCUCUUAUCUGAAUUGAUCAGACAUUUGCCUCUGAAUAGUUAAGCAAUAUACUAGCUCUUAAUGGUUCAGACCUCUUACUGGUUCAGCACUUAAUGGUUCAGACCUCUUAUUGGUUCAACACUUACUUAUCCAGAAGUUGCCAAACAGCCCCUAACACUAAUGAUCACUACCAAAUUUGGGAGUAAUGAUCGUGAAAGUUUUGAAAUUUCAUCCGCUAGUGAUUCCCAUAGGCUUGGAAGAAGAAGAAGAAGAGAAAUAAAAUGAGUGGGGCAAGUAUGGUGUCGAGAUUGAUUAGAGAGAGCUUUUUCAAGAAGCUUAAACCAAAUGGAUUUUUACCCAAAAACUAUUACUGCACUUCUUCUUCUGCCAAUCUCCCCCCUCCUCCGCCUCCCCGGUUUCCUCAUUCCUCCAAAAAGGGAAGGUUAUUUACUGGAGCUACCAUUGGUUUACUGAUAGCAGGAGGAGCUUAUGCUAGUACGGUGGAUGAAGAAACAUUCUGUGGCUGGUUAUUCUCAGCAACAAAACUUGUAAAUCCAUUUUUUGCACUUCUGGAUCCAGAAGUAGCCCACAGAUUGGCUGUUUCAGCUGCUGCUCGUGGGUGGGUUCCAAUUGAGAAAAGAGCAGAUCCUACUGAAUUAGGCAUUGAAGUUUGGGGGAGAAGGUUCUCAAAUCCUAUAGGCCUUGCAGCUGGUUUUGACAAGAAUGCUGAGGCUGUUGAAGGUUUACUCGGAUUAGGCUUUGGCUUUGUGGAGGUUGGCUCGGUAACACCCAUUCCCCAGGAAGGCAACCCAAAGCCUCGUAUCUUCAGGCUGAGAGAGGAAGGUGCUAUAAUUAAUAGGUGUGGCUUCAAUAGUGAAGGAAUUGUAGCUGUAGCCAAGCGGUUAGGUGCUCAACAUGGUAAGAGAAAGAUGGAAACUUCUAGUACUUCGGCUCCAGCAGGGGAUGAAAUUGUGCAGGGAGGGAAAGCUGGUCCUGGAAUUCUGGGGGUUAAUCUGGGAAAGAAUAAGACGACAGAAGAUGCUGCUGCAGAUUACGUGCAAGGAGUUCAUACAUUAUCCCAGUUUGCUGACUAUCUGGUGGUUAACAUCUCCUCACCAAAUACUCCUGGAUUACGCCAACUUCAGGGAAGAAAACAGUUAAAAGACCUUGUGAAGAAGGUACAAGCAGCACGAGAUGAAAUGCAGUGGGGUGAAGAAGGCCCACCUCCGUUGCUUGUUAAAAUUGCUCCAGACUUGUCCAAGCAAGAUCUAGAAGAUAUUGCAGCAGUUGCUAUUGCUCUACGGGUGGAUGGUUUGGUACAUUUUCCUAGACAACUUUUGCUGCCUCUUUAACUUUGAAUGUUAAGCACUUAGCUUCAUUUUCUCUUAGAGCACAGCCUGUUUAUGCUGGUUUGCAAGAGACUAAGAGAUUUUGCAUCAUUAAUAUAGAAUAUUUUAAUUGUUUUGUCUCCUUCUCGGCAUCAUGUUCUUGAGGUGUCCUCGUGCUUCGAGGCAUUAUGCCCUGUUAAGAACAAAAGCACACACACGAAUAUAAAGCAAGAAAGCGAUAAAGAACACGAGAUUUAACGUGGUUCGGUCUAAUCUGACCUACAUCCACAGGGGCAACUAGGGUUUGUAUUAUUGAGUGAUGAUGAUUACAAGUACAGGAGAUCGUAUAUAUAGACAACUAAUUAGGGUUUAACCCUUGCUGGACAAGUUAUAGCAAACUGGGCUUAAAACCAUUUGGGCCGGCCGAAACCCUAAUCUGGUCUCCUAACUCUCAGUUGUCUACAAGUGGGCCACUUUGGGCCGAUGACUACACAUCACCAACAAUCUCCCACUUGGAGUCUUUGGACCAAACUGCGGCUUCUCUCUGUACUUCUGUAAAUGAAAGAUNUCUCUACAA